AUACAGUAGAAGAUACAGUAAAUAUACUGGACGUCAAACAUUACAGUUUUUGUUAAUAAUUGCAUCCAGAAGGUUCUGAAAAGGGUCGAUGACUGGUUAAAGGUCUCCUUCCAAGGCCUAUUAGGAGGGAAGAGCGGUUGAGCAAUAUCUACAGCUACUGGUGAACAGAAAGGGAGGAAGAGAAACAGAUUGACAGCCAGGCAAAGAACAAAGAAAGUAAAGAAUUUCCUCAUCAAGGCUAGGAAGCCUCAUUCUGGUCGUUGCUGUAAACCAAAGUGCAUCCAGCCUGUCAUUGUUCAACAUGGGAAGUAAAUCUACGGACUCAAAGAGCUGCUUGACUCUCGGGAAAUAUCACAUAUCUGAGGAAUAUGGGUUUGUGCUGCCUGAUCCUCUGGUGGAGCUGCCCCCAUACUUCCAGCCUUGGACGGACAUUGCUGGACGUGUCAGUGAGCUCAUCUCUGCUCAUUCUCUUCGCUCUUUUGUUCAUGAGCUGCCUCUGUUGGAGACCGACUCUCUGCAGAGCCAUCGUGAGCUGCGGCUGGCCCACCUGGCUUUGAGCGUCAUAACAAUGGGCUAUGUUUGGCAGGAAGGGGAAGGAGAUCCAGUGAAGGUUCUCCCUCAGAACCUGGCGGUACCGCUCUGGGCGGUCUCUCAGAAGCUGGGUUUACCCCCCAUUUUCACUCACGCUGAUGGGGUUUUGGCCAACUGGAGGAAAAGAGACCCAGAUGGCCCAAUGGACAUUGAGAAUCUGGAGCUGCUGUUUAGCCUGCCAGGUGGGGAGAGUGCAAGAGGCUUUUUCCUGGUCACUCUGAUGGUGGAACUGGCCGCUGUUCCUGGAUUGAAGGCCAUCCCUGAAGUGAUCAGUGGUGUUUAUGAUGGUGACGUCGCUGUGGUGACCAAAGCUUUGGAUGUGCUCAGUCAAGCCAUAGACAGCAUUAAAGAGACUCUCAAACUAAUGCACGUUUAUGUGGAUCCAUCUGUAUUCUAUGGCAUUAUGAGGAUUUUUCUAUCUGGUUGGAAAGACAACCCGACCAUGGUGGAGGGGCUGGUAUAUGAAGGGGUUCAGGCUGAGCCAUUGGAGUUUUCCGGUGGGAGUGCAGCUCAGAGUAGCCUGUUACACUGUUUCGAUGAGCUACUGGGAGUCAAACAUGAGGAAAAGAGCGGUGCUUUCCUCACCCGAAUGCGAAGCUACAUGCCUCCUUCUCACAAACGCUUCAUCGAGGACAUCUCCUGCAUGCCCUCCCUGCGGGACUUUGUGCUAAAACGAGGGGAUGAGUCUCUAACAGAAGGUUUUGAGCGCUGUGUGGAUCGGCUGGUGGCGCUGCGCAAUUACCACCUUAACAUAGUUUCACGCUUCAUCAGCAUCCCAGCGGCCCGUGCCAAAAAACUCCGCACCGGUGGCUCAGCAUCACUGGAGGAACACGACACAGUGGGUAAAGCACCAACCUCACUGGAGGAGAGAGGGACUGGUGGGUCAGGAAUCAUGAGCUUCCUAAAGGUAGUACGAGACAGAACAAAGUGUGUUUUAAUAUCAUCAUGCACUAAAGAGAAACAGACCUUACUGGACGGACAGAUAUAGUGGUGACCUCUGAGGGCACAGCCUAUGAACUAACUAACAAUACACUACUUACACUACUAAUAUUAGUAAAAUAUUCUUACAUUUUUGUUAAAAACAUUGAUAUUCCAGAUUGUUUUUAGGAUUUGGGGAUUUUCUUGCAAAGAUUUUGUGUAAAAACACCUCACCAAAACAAGUCUGUAUAAAAAGACACCCCAUUGACUUUCAUGAGACUGAAAAAUUUUGUUUACUUUAAUAAACUGCUAAUAAAAAGAUGAAGUAUUCUA